GGUCGGUUUAUGUAGAGCUCCAGAAAGAAGGUGUUUCACCAACAUAGAGACACGUUUGAAGACGAGCUGCAAGAACCUUUAACAAGCUCAUGAUGUCGUGGCCGCCAUCUUUCCCAUGCUCAAAGUUUCGUCACGUCUUUGGAAAAUCAGCCACCAAGGAACACAGCUAUGACGGAGUGCCAAUCAGCAGAAGCGUCCAUGAUAACCACUACUGUUCGGCCAAUCCCUGCUUCAUUGCCGUGGUGACAGAGUGUGCAGGGGGCGGGGCGUUUCUAGUCCUGCCUAUUCAUUGCACGGGCAGAGUGGACCCUCAGUAUCCAAGGGUUUGUGGUCACAGUGGUAGAGUCCUCGAUGUCAAGUGGAACCCAUUCGAUGAUUACUGCAUUGCCUCAUGUUCAGAAGACAGCACUGUAAAGAUUUGGGAUAUUCCAGUUUGCGGAGUCCAACGGGACAUCACCAAGGCCAGAAAGACUCUGAUGGGUCAUUCCAGGAGGGUGGCUAUCAUUGAGUGGCAUCCAACUGCUGAGAACCUGCUGCUUAGCUCUGGCUACGACUAUAAGGUUCUACUCUGGGACGUGUCCCAGGCCGGUACAGUUAUCAGACAUCCGGUCCGUGUGGUCCUGAUGCCCGUUCAUCACCGCUAUCCAUCUGAGGCUCUGCUGUUAUCCGUCAGCUUCAACAGCGAUGGCAGCAGGUUGGCUGUCACCUCAAAAGACAGGAGGAUUCGGGUCCUGGAGCCAAGGAGUGGAAAGAUCCUGCAGGUUUCCAGCAGUAAAACCCACAGGGCGAACAAGGUGUUAUACAUCAGAGGGUUGAAGAUGCUUCUGUCCACUGGUAGCUCGCCCUGGAACCACAGACAGGUCGUCCUCUGGGACCCAGAUGAUUUAUCAGAGCCUCUUUAUGAAGAAGAUUUGGAUGGAUCUGCAGGCGUUCUCUUCCCGUUCUAUGACUCCGAUACGCAGAUGCUCUACCUGGCUGGAAAGGGGGAUGGGAACAUCAGAUCGUAUGAGCUGAGCUCUGAAAAACCCUACAUCAACUUUCUGAUGGAGUACCGAUCGCUGCUGCCACAGAAAGGACUAGGGGUGAUGCCAAAACGUGGCCUGGAUGUAAACGCUUGUGAAAUUUUCAGGUUUUAUCGUCUGAUUGCCAUUAAGGACCUGGUGGAGCCUCUGUCAAUGAUCAUACCACGCAAACAGUCAGGCGUUUUCCAUGAGGAUCUGUACCCAAUGACAGCCGGAAACAGGGCAGCCUUAACGGCUCACGAGUGGCUGAUGGGAAUCAACCGGGGCCCAGUGCUGAUGUCCUUGAGGCCCGAUGCUCACGUAGAAAACCCUUAUGCUGAAAUUCCUGCUGACAGAGGCCAGAUAAGGAAGCUGAGCUCCCUCAGGUUCCAGAUGGGACCAGCUGAUGGGGCUGUGACAAACACAAACCUUUACUUUGUGGAAAAGGCUUUCUUGGAGGAGCAGCUGGCCUAUCAGGAUGCCAAAUACCCCAGAGAUCUGGGGUAUCUGGGUGACCUGUCCAGUUGGCAGCCGGAUGAGACGGGGUGUCCGCUGUGGUGGUACGGCUGCACCCCACACUGCUGCGAACCUGCAGAGAAACCACCUCCUAUGACCGAGAAGGAGCUCCUGCAGACAUUUUACAAACAACAGGAUGAGAUCAGAAGCCUGAAGGAGGAUCUGCAUCAGAAAGAUGUGAGGAUUGCUCAGCUGGAGCUGGAGUUAAAGAACAAGAACACCAUGAGGGCCACCUUCUGAUCCAGUCACAUCUAUUGAUAUUGUAUAUAUUA